AUGGAGUUGGAGGGAGGGCGCCUGGAACCUACAAAAGCAGUCGGAGCCGACCAUCCGACGUGGUUCUUAUCCAGCCAAAUUUCUCCACGUGUCUCUCAGCCAACGUCUGACCUUCUCCAUAAGAACCCAACAUCUGUCUCUGUUCUGGAAAUCGUCUCCAUUUCUAGCAUUGCAUCUCUCUCUGAGAUUCCAAAAAUGCCCUUCUGUGAUACAAGCGAACACCAGAAAGGAGAGAGAUUAUCAGCUUCAGGCAAUGGAAUUAAGAUUUUCUACAGAAGAUAUGGCUAUGGGAAAACCAAAGUUCUCCUCAUCAUUGGUUUGGCAGGGACCCACGAUUCCUGGGGCCCUCAGAUUAAGGGUUUAACGGGCACCGAGGUGUCCAGCCAUGCUGAAUCAUUGACCGUUGAUGAGAAUCUCAACGGCCCAGAUGAUCAGGAAGAAGAUGGGAUAGAGGUGUGCGCAUUUGAUAACCGUGGGAUGGGCCGGAGCUCAGUGCCCACCAAGAAAUCGGAAUACACAACGACCAUCAUGGCUAAAGAUGCGUUAGCUCUGAUGGAUCAUUUAGGUUGGAGAAAGGCUCAUGUUUUUGGGCAUUCGAUGGGUGCUAUGAUAGCCUGCAAGUUGGCAGCAAUGGCACCUGAUAGGAUAUCAUCGUUGGCUUUACUUAACGUCACUGGAGGAGGUUUUGAAUGUUUUCCAAAGAUCGACAAACAAAUGAUAUCCAUUGCAAUCCGUUUCUUAAGGGCAAGGACUCCUGAACAGAGGGCUGCCGUUGACUUGGACACCCACUACACAAAGGAAUACCUUGAUGAAUAUGUUGGAUCCACAACACGAAGAAAAAUGUUAUAUCAAGAAUAUGUGAAAAAUAUAUCAUCAACUGGGAUGCAGUCUAACUAUGGUUUUGAAGGACAAGUUAAUGCAUGCUGGACGCACAAAAUGACAUCGAAAGAAAUAGACACAAUCCGUUCUGCCAGAUUUCUUAUUUCAGUCAUUCAUGGCAGGUUUGACAUCAUUGCCCAAAUAUAUCAUGCAAAGAAACUUGCGAAGAAGCUGCAGCCAGCUGCGCAAAUGGUAGAUCUUCAUGGAGGACAUCUAGUGAGCCAUGAAAGGCCCGAAGAGGUCAAUGCAGCUCUUAUGGAGCUCAUCAAGGCAUCAGAAUCAAAUUUGAGUCCACAGGAGUGGUCGAAUUUGCCCAAGAACAGCACUGCAAUGGGGGAAAGAUUGUCAUUGAGUAGAAGGAAUAGCGAGGGACAAGAUCGUCUCGCAUGUAUCUUUGAUGUCCUAGCAAAGAUGCAGAUUGGCUUUGUAUACUUAUUUGGUUUCUUGAUGAUGGCAUUCGAACAAGCGGGAAAAUUUUUGACAAGCUGGAAACCAGUUAGAGUUGGAUCAUCCAUCUCAUAAGGAGCUAGAGAAUCUAUACAAAUGCAGUGUUGAGUUCAAAUCCCCAUUAAGAGAUCGAGGCGCUCUUUUUUUUCUGCUGCCAAACAAAGACAAGGGUCAUGUACUCACUUACACAGCUCGUCCAACAGAGUUCACAGUGGAAAUGCGGAGAGGGUAUUGGUGUUGAGAAGUAGGCUGCGAUUCGGUCCCUAUAGCUCAAACUGUCUUCUACCACAGAACCAAAGGGCAGAUUGGUGAGGAUUAGUUUUCAAGUAGCCAAUGUAUAAAUUUUCCCAGGAAUUGAAACAAUGCCUAUUAUCAGAUUAGAGGUUUUGUUCUCUUCAUGACUGAGAAUGAAAAGCAAGAAAAUAUUUGCUUUCCUCUGCAAUUUUCUUUCUUUAUCCUUAGGACUUUCUUUCAUUUUCCUAAGGUACAUCAUGAAAUGUUAUACAUGAA